GGCAAACCGGAAAAAACAUCUCCGGAUCGUCGUUUUCAUUCUACCCGGAAGUAGUACUUUUUAUCAACAUGGUGGACACCGGAGGGGUCCUCGCUUAUUUUCUGACGUUUUUGCUAUUUAUAGAAAGAACAGCUUGCAGUACAUUAUCUGUGGAGGAGUGUAGGAGCCUUGGUUUUGUUACAACUGAUCUGUUAUGCAGUGCCUGUAAUGAACUUGAUACAUUCAACUUAUCAACAAUGAAGGAGAAUUGCUUGCAGUGUUGCCAAAAAGAAGACACAGAAAGCGAUGCGCUAAAAGUUUAUCCAUUUGCUGAGCUGCAUGUGUGCAGCUGAAAAUUGGGACGGUUCCCACAAGUGCAGGCAUUUGUGAAGUCGGACCGUCUUAAACAAUUCCCUCGUCUGGCAGUGCGUUACGUGCGGGGAAUGGACCCCACUAUCAAACUCAUGGAUGAAAAUCGUAAUGUUGUGGAGGAGUUGGGGAUAGACAAAUGGAACACAGAUUCUGUGGAGGCUUUCUUCCAAGAGCGAUUGCAAAAAUAAUUUUAGAUGAUUAAAAGGAUGUACCAAAAAUAAUAGAAUGAUAGGGGUUAUAAACAUUGACAUCUGUUAAAAAAUCAUCUAUCAUUGUCAUUUAUUGUAAUUGACUGUUGAUGUUAGCUGAAAGUUUGUUGUUAAAUGGGCAAAAUACUGAAAUUCUAUCUGUAAUGUAUCACAUCAGCUUGUGAUAAAUACCUGUACAUUUGUAAGAAAGGACUAUAUAUGAUAAGGGCUCCCUUUGUUCACAAAAAAAUCAACAGUUUUUUUGUUUUUGUUUCAAAAUUAAGUAUAUUUUAUGCAAGAAUCCAGGUGCAACUUGAAUGUUAUUCUCAAGUUGAUCAAAAGGACGUAGAUCAGGAAUUAUAAUGUUUUGCUUCCAUUUUUGGUAUAUAAAAAUAUAAAAUGUGAUAUUUUUCAUGCUGUUUUCCUUCUUAAAAACAUGGGAGUGCAAGCUAUGACAGACUUCAUAUUCAUAUCAUAGGUAUAUCUAGUCAGUAUACGCUCAUGAAAUACAUGAUAUGUGAUCUAAAAUUUUGUUUGUCCAAAGUUGCACUCAAUUAUAUUUUGAGAAAGAAAUACAUGUAGUUUAGCCCCCCCCCCCCCCCCCCCCCCCCCCCAUAAAAAAGAAAGGGAAAAAAAAAAAAGGGAUUUUUACUGAAUUUGAAUAAAAUGGAGAAAUAGCAUCACUUUCGAUGUUAAUCACUCCCAAGCGACUGUAUAUAGCAGAAACUGAGUGUGAAACUAUGGGUUAUUAUCUCUCAUAAAAUAAAAGAUUCAUCUUUGUUUAAUACUUCAAGAUUUUGAGUUUUACAGGGUUCCAGAAAGGCUCUUAUUAUAGAUAGUCCAUUUUUACAUGUCAAAUUAUAUUCAUGCUAGGACUGUUUCAUUUUUGCAGUACUCUAAUACAUGAAGUACUAGUACUUAUCACUACUUAAUGUUCAGAAGCUAGCCUACAACAUGCAUUAGAAUGGGAAGGGGGGGGGGUAUUUUUGUUCAAAUGAUACCAUAACAUUUUGAUCAAGAGUUGCGUGAUUGUAUUUUUAUGAAUCAUUGUGCUUUAACACAAUGCAGGUCUGCUUGUUGUUACUGAACGUCCUUGAUUUCAGGAUGAGUCUAAACUGAGACCUGCUUUAAUGAAAGCAUUGCAGAAAAGCUCAACUGAGUUCGGCUAUGCUGGAUCUCAGGUCUUAGUUCAGACUAUUCUUGGAAUUAGGUGGUUUCAGUAUAAACUUGUGAUCUGCAGUGAUCGAGCCAUAUGUGAGAAAAUAAAUGUGUUCAUAUAUGUAA